AAUCACUAAUGUUGGUUUUACCUUCUUUGUUUACCUAAACACCACUGCUACUCAAAAUUUUCCACCUACUGUACUCUACUUUUCCCUGCUCCCCUCUCCACCUUUCUCUAGAUUUCCACCGGCGUUCGCCAUUUUCCGACGGGUUAAUCUCUCUCCACCGAUGCCGGCGGUUUUAUCAGCAAAGACGACUACAAAUCAUUCAAGGUGGCGGUUCUAUUCACUCUCAAUUGAAUUUCCGAAUCUAAAAUCCCCAAUAAAGUAGAAAAAACCCUAAAAAAAGGGGGGUAAAAUCAAAUUCAAAGAAAUGGAUUUCGUAGAAUUAGAAGGGAUGGAAGGGUUACGAUGGUCAUGGAAUUCAUGGCCAACUUCAAAAUCAGAAGCAACAUCACUCGUAAUUCCACUCUCAAUAAUGUGCACACCUUUAGCAUUAAUGGAAUCCUCAGAGUUACCAGUUUUAGAAUAUGAACCCUUAAUUUGUAUCACAUGUGGGGCUAUAUUAAACCCUUAUGCACGAAUUGAUUACCAAUCAAAGAUUUGGCAUUGCCCCUUUUGUCAUCACAAAAAUAGGUUCCCUAAUUCUUAUGCUGGUAUCGGUGAAAACAAUCUCCCAGCUGAGCUUUUUCCUACGUACAGCGCCGUCGAAUACCAGUAUCAGUAUCAUUCUAGUAAUGUGGGUGGGAGUGGGUUGUUGUCUUCGUCGUCCUCUAGCUCUAAUUUGUUGUCGUGUGGACCUGGUGCUGAUUCGAAGGCCGGGCCUGUUUUCGUGUUUGUGGUGGACCUGUGCACACCUGAGGAUGAGCUUAGGGCACUCAAGAAGGAGUUGCUUCAUGUUAUUUCCCAAUUACCGGAGAAUGUUGUAUUGGGAUUGGUUACUUUUGAUUCUAUGGUUAGGGUUCAUGAUUUGAGUUUUGGUGAGUGUAAUAGGGUUGUGCUUUUUCAAGGUCAUAGGGAUCUUACCUCCACUCAGAUUCAACACUAUCUUCAACUUCAAAGCACAAAACAACCUUAUCUAGGGAAGGCAGCAGUUUCUCAAAAGCAAGGAUUUCUGCUUGCUGUGUCAGAAUGUGAGUUUGUUGUCACAACAGCAAUUGAAGAGAUCUGUUCUUCAGGAACGUUUGUGUCUGGGCAUCGCCCUCUGAGGGCCACAGGAACAGCAAUAUCCGUUGCAGUUGGACUUAUGGAAGGAUAUAUGGUGAAAACAGGCUCCAGGGUCAUGGUCUUCACCUCUGGCCCAACCACUAUUGGCCCUGGCAUUGUGGUGGAGUCUGAUGGUAGCUUUUCAAUAAGAAAUCACCGAGACUUGAUAAAUGGUCAUGCACCAUAUUUUGACAAGUCGUGCAGUUUUUAUAAGAGAAUUGCCCAGCGUUUAUGUGAUGCUUCCAUAGUUCUUGAUUUAUUUGCUUGUUCUUUGGAUCAAGUGGGAUUGGCAGAGUUAAAAGCCCCAGUCGAGAGCUCAGGUGGAUUCAUGAUGCUCGGAGAGGUAUUUGAGUCAGAGCAGUUCAGGAAAUGUAUACAUCACUUAUUUAAAUGUGACAGCAAUGGGAACCUGAAGAUGUGUUUUGAUGCAUCUAUAGAAGUGGUGACAACCAAUGAUGUGAAACUUUGUGGUGCCCUUGGUCCCUGUGUGUCACUUCGAAAGAGGAAUGGUUUAGUGAGUGACAAUGAGAUUGGUGAAGGCUCUACCAGUGCAUGGAAGCUGUGUUCUCUGACAAAUAAGACAUGUGUUGCAUUUUUCUUUGAAGUUAAUGACAAGCAGAAAAUUGAACCUGGCUCUGCCUUUUUUAUUCAGUUUAUUACUCGUUACCGGUAUGGAGCUACUGGGAUCCGGAGGAGGGUGACAACUGUAGCAAGAAGGUGGGUGGGGAAGAAUUCACCAGAAAUUUCUGCUGGAUUUGAUCAAGAAGCUGCAGCGACAGUCAUGGGAAGGCUUGCGAUUUACAGAGCAGAGAGGCAUUAUGUUAGAGACGUCAUCAGGUGGCUGGAUGAUAAUUUAAUACGAUUUGCUUCCCAGUUUGGAGACUAUAUUCAAGAAGACCCGACUUCUUUUCGCCUUUCAUCGAACUUCUCUCUGUACCCUCAAUUUAUGUAUUAUCUAAGAAGAUCCCAGUUUAUCAAUGUAUUUAACAGCUCUCCAGAUGAGACAGCUUACUUUAGAUUGAUGUUGAAUCGUGAAGGAGUGGUGGGUUCCCUGAUCAUGAUUCAACCCACACUUGCCCAGUAUUCAUUUGAUGGUCCACCUAUUCCUGUCCUCUUAGAUAUUUGCUCAGUGUCUCCUGAUGUAAUUUUGCUUUUUGAUUCAUACUUCUAUGUGGUCAUUCAUUAUGGGUCAAAGGUUGCACAGUGGCGGAAGCUUGGUUAUCAUAAGGACCCAAAUCAUGAAAAUUUCAGAAAGUUGUUAGAAGCACCUGAGCUGGACGCAGUGCAAGUUAUCGCUGAACGGAUGCCACUUCCUAAAGUUAUCAAAUGUGACCAGCACAGUAGUCAAGCUAGGUUUCUUCUUGCCAAGUUGAACCCUUCUGUUACCCAUAAUUCAACAUAUGCUGAAGGUUCAGAAAUUAUAUUUACUGAUGAUGUGAGUUUGCAAGUUUUCAUGGAUCACUUACAAGAGUUGGCGGUGCAAGGAUGAUGACAAUUUUUUAUCCAUAUCAGAUAAUGGACGAUAUGAAUGAGCAAAGGUGUUCAUCAACAAACAUGAAGAGGGGACAGAGAAGAUUACCUGUUCUUCAAUUCUCCUACUCACAUUGUUUCAUUUGGUGCAUUAUCCAUUGUAUCAAGUGCCGUCAUGGAGACUAUAUCUCUGACCAUGCCUCAGAUGCUAUUAAAGCUGAUUUAUUCGUGCAAAUCAAUGUUUCCUGUGGAGGAAACACCUGCUAGCUCGUCACAACCUUCAGGCGAUGUGUUCUUCUCUAAUUUCAUGAUGCUAUGCAGUCAGAGAGAGAUGAGACACUCUUGUGGGCAGCAUAAUGGACAUGGUUACCCGUCUUAUAACUGAAGAACAUGAUGAAUUGGUGAUUUUGGAUAUUAAUUUUUGGAAUGUGGUUUGUAUUCUUUGCUCAAUGUACAAAAGAUACGUGUUCAUAAAAGGAAAUGUACAAAAGCUAUGUUGCAUUGUAAAUGCAAUAUAUGUAUGCCAGACUUUUUUUGGCGACAGUUGGAGAAUUAAAAAGUAUGAAUUUUCGGAAAAAAAAUAAUAUUAUUCUUA